AUGGGCAAAAAAGGCAAAGGAAAUAAAUUGGCCAAAAUGUCCGAGGAGGAGAGGGCCAGAUAUCUGCAGAUGAGGGCCGACAUAGAGGAGGAGGCUCGUAGACGAAAAAUGCAGCUAAUAUCAAUGUACAUGAAGAAUAAAUUAAAACGCGAAGAGGCUUUUAGUCGCCUUAACAUGGCCAAAAUCAAUCAGGAAUGGCGUUCCAUACUACGCCAAGUCAAAUGCCAAGAGCUACGCAAAGAAAUUGUGGAUACCGAAAAGUACAGCAAGGAUAUGUUGGAGCACAAGGACAGUGUGAUUAAGCGUCUACUGCAUGAUUUAGAGGUGGCCCACAGUCAGCACGAUAAUAGUUCACAGACGCAUAUGGAAAUGUUGCAGCAUUUUAUGAAUAUUCAACAACAGCGUUUGGAAUUCUUCAAAAAUAACUAUGAUAGCGAGCGGGAAGCUAUGCUACUAGAAUUCAACGAGGAUUUUAAUAAAAUGCAAAAUCUGCGGGUUCGUACCCAUGAGCAGUUGGAAAAUGUCUACUAUCAACUAGAAGAGAAGAAUGAGAAUCAAAGAAAUGAGGCACAUGAACGAUAUCUGGCGAAAUUGGAUGACAUUAAAGCAAUGAUGCAACUACGUAUUGAAGACAUCACCGAGAAGGGUGAGCAGAAACUUGAAAAACUUUGGAAUGAAUAUCAACAGGCCUUGGCUGAAUAUGUUCAGCAUACGGAGGGUUUCUAUGCUGAUUAUAUGGAUCUCAAGGAGAGGGAUGAGGAGUAUACCAAUCAGACUCGAGAAUAUUGCUAUGAAAUUGAAAAGGCCAGUAAUCAAUUGGCAGCUUUAAAGCUAACUUUGGCCGAUGCCGAAGAUAAAUCUGAGGUGAGGCUGAAACAUUUAAAGGAUCUCAAGGAGUAUAUGGGUAAUAAACACAAUGAGCUCAAGGAGAGAAUAGAUGUGGAAAUGAUGGAGAAUGAGGAGAAAUUCAAGAUGAUGAGUGUGGAAAGCUACAAGGCGGUAAAGUUUUUUAAAAACUUAUUUGACAAAGGCAAUACCCUGUUGCAAUUGGUCACCGUGUGUCGCAAAUUUGAAACCGAAAAGGAGAAAAUUUUACCCUUGGGCCUGCCACCCAUUUCCAAGUUAAUGUUUGAAAAUGAGGCCGAGCAAUACACCCAAGUGCCAGAAGAGCUUAAAGCGGAGAGCUUUUGCAAUUGGCAAUUAAUGGAGGAUUUCUGGAAACGUGUCAAUAAUGUUAAAAUCGAUUUGGUGUGUUUGACGCAACGCAAACGCAGCUUGGAGCAGGAAAACGAACGUCUCAAAUCGGAGCUGGAGGAACGCUUGAUGAGUCUCAACAUCAGUAAUGGCAUCAAUACCCAUGUCAAUGAUUACUUGGCCAAAAGGCCAAGCAGUAUGCGCAUUAAACGCGUCGAACGCAUCGAUUUGGACCAACGCCAAAAAUGCCAGUCGGCCGAUGUAAAUGUGGGUCGACAGCAAAAAUCCCAUCGUCCUCAUACCACAUCGUGCAUCACGGAGGCCAAUUUUACCACAGCCGUGCGCUCACGGCUGCUGGCCAAGGGAAAACCAAAAUUGGCCAAAAUUGUGGCAAUAAAACAUUGA